AUUGGUUAAGCUAAAAAGUAAUACAAAGCUCUAUCCACUAAUGUUUAUCCAAUGCCCAUAUUCCCCUAAUUAAAGUCUCUUUUACACACUAUUUAACGCACAACAUUUCACCGAAAUCAUCUCACACUUUUCAACCAAUAAUGGCGAACGAUCAGAAAGAAAAGAACAUCCUCAAGAGCACCGCUCUUCUCCAGUAUAUUCUGAAAGCCAACUCCUAUCCGAGAGAGCAUGAACAGUUGAAGGAACUCAGGGUAGCGACGGUCGAGAAAUUUAACAAGCCCAAGAGUAUGAUGAGUGUACCGGUGGAUGAAGGAUUGUUUCUAUCAAUGCUUUUGAAAUUGAUGAAUGCAAAGAAAACGAUAGAGAUCGGCGUGUUCACUGGCUAUUCGCUCCUCACAACGGCGCUUGCAUUGCCCGCUGAUGGCCAGAUAACGGCAAUUGAUGUGGAUAGACAAACGUUCGAAUUUGGUUUGCCAUUUAUAAGAAAGGCGGGAGUUGAUCGCAAGAUCAAAUUUGUGGAAUCCCAGGCGUUGGUUGCCCUCCGUGACCUCAUCAAGAAUGGCAAAGAAGAGUUUGAUUUUGCAUUUGUUGAUGCACUGAAAUCAGAGUACAUAGAAUAUCAUGAGUUGCUUCUAAAAUUGGUGAAGGUUGGUGGAGUAAUCGCCUAUGAUAACACACUGUGGUUUGGAUUAGUUGCGCUAAGCGACGACGAGGUCGAUGAAGGUUUCAGGAAGAACAAAGUUCAUGUGGAACGGUUUAAUGCUUUUUUAGUAAAUGACCGGCGGGUGGAAAUAGCUCUCCUCUCCAUUGGAGAUGGUGUCACUCUCUGUAGGCGCAUCAAAUAAUUUAGGUCGUCUUUCCUUUCAAUGGUAAUAAAGAAAAAUGUGGACGACAUUUGAUAAUUAACUUUUAUGUAUUUCACUGUGUUCUUUAAACGUAUCGAACCUUUGGAGAUCUACUUCUAUUCAGCUUUGUAAUCAAUAAACACAAGUUAAUCGACGAACUAAAUCGUUUAGUCGAAUUUUGUGUCUGAAAA